CUGGUGAAGGCGAACCGUGUAGUGUGUACUUCCCCUCCACAACAGCCUGAAACCUAAAAAAAUCUUACACCAUUAAAAAGUGAUGAACAGCAGGAAGAGAGAGAAGCCCUACUUCUCCCGCCACGCCCCUUACUCUCUCAACAAACGCCGCCGUCCCCUCCCCCUCGACGCCGCAGCUGGCGAAGAUGACGUCGACGUCUCUUCUACCUCCGCCGCCGCGAAGGCGCCGACGGCGGUGAUGGUGAUUGGCAUUCCGGCGGAGUGCUCCGUCCUGGACCUUAAAUCCAGAUUUGAGAUCUAUGGACCCAUUUCCCGUACCCGAAUGGAGCCCAGCGGUGUUGCUUAUAUCAAUUUCAGAUCCAACGACGCCGCACAAUCCGCCGUCGAUGCUGCCCGAGAUUCCAGCUUUCCUCUUACCCUGCACUCCAUUCCAGUACAGGUAAUGUGGGCAAGCGAUCAAGUUUCACAAUGGAAGGGAGGAGUUGGUCGGAAAGACGGGCUAUUAUCGAAGCUUGUAAGAGCAGAAGUGCCGUUAAGCAGACAUGGCAGAGGUAAAAAGCUCGGUUCAGCUAUUGUAAACCCUAGAGAUGAAAACGAUGGCAAUAUCAAGAAUAAAAAUGGUGAUUCGAAUGAUGAAGAUAAGCAUCUUAUUAAUGUUGCUGCUGGUGCCGUUGGUAAUUCGGGCUCGGAGGGUUCUUUUAAUGGCAGGUCAAUUGUUGCUUACGACGAUAUCUUAUAAUUUUUUAAGGGUUUUUUCUUGUUGUAACAUUACUUUUAAGUUGAGGUUUUUCCGUAAUAGUACUUACGAGUUACGACGAAUGUAAGAUGUAAUUAGCUAUUAUUUAUUGUCGCCUUUUUCUCGAGAUGUUUAGAUUUUGAUUUUACGAGUUUGUAUUUGAUUGCUUUCGAUCUCGACUUGUUUAUAUAUUGGCAUUUUCUUUUUUCUA